AGCAGCUCCCUUUCGUCUUUAUGAAUAUUGUCAUGCUUUUCACUCAGAGAGACACCAAGAGCCAUCACAUGACCCCCGGGCUGAGUGUUUGAGCCUGGUGGCCUGAUUGGUCAUUGGCUCCCUUUUUGAAAGCCUAGGUGGCCCUGGCAACGGGAAACAGGCCAGCCAGACUUUGCUGGCCUCCCGAGAAGUGCGGCACAAAGAUCAGCAGCACUGCAAGAAGCAGCCAGGUCUCCAACAGGGAAGACUCACAACCAUGAUCUGGAAAGUCUAAUCUUCUGCAUUUUUGGUGAUGGAGCUGAAGGUCUGGGUGGAUGGUGUCCAGAGGGUGGUAUGUGGUGUCUCAGAUCAGACCACUUGCCAGGAAAUUGUCAUAGCCUUGGCACGUGCCAUUGGUCAAACAGGUCGGUAUGUUCUCAUCCAAAGACUACGAGAGAAAGAGAGGCAGCUACUCCCCCAUGAAUGCCCUGUAGAGGCACUGGCCAAGUGCGGACAAUAUGCCAAUGACGUGCAGUUUAUACUUCAGCGCACAGGCCCCAGCCUUACAGAAAGGCCUUCUUCAGACAGUGCCCCCCAGGUACCUGAAAGGACGUUUGUCAGAGCCAGCUUGCCCAUCAAACCCCGGCCACUCAGCACAGAAGUGCCCAGGGCCAGGCCACCCAAAAAAUCCUUAACAUUCAACUUGGGUUCCGUGGCCUCUAGUGAGUCACUUGCCAAAAGCAAGUUGAGGCAGCACAGAAAGGAUGCUGCGCUGGGCUUGAGGGAUGGUGCAAGUGGGGGUCUUCUGUCCAAAGAGGAGCUGUUCAAGACAGUGCUGCACCAACAGGAGCACCUCUAUUCCCUGGAUAGGCAGAGGGAUGCUUUGGAAAUAGACCUCCGGCACUGGGAGUCCAGCAGGGGUUCUCACCUGGAGGAGGAGAUACUACAUCUAGAGCACGUGAUCCGGCAGAACGAGAGCGAGCUGAGUGAGGAAGACUUUUGGCAGAAUGAACUGCAUGCUGAGAAGACAGGUGAAAAGGAGCGCCAGGAGAAAGUCCACAGCCUGCAGGCCACCAUGGAGGAGUACACACAGAAAAUCCAUGAACUUAUGGCGAAAACUGAGAUCUUGGAGAGGGAGAUCCAGUGGGAAAUUGCUGAGAGGAACAAGAGGGCAAAGGAUGCCCCCUCCCACAACCCUGCUGAGCUGGAAGAGAUGGCAGCCAAAAUGAAGAAGGAACUGGAUGCCAAAGCCAAGCAGAGUGCCCAGUUGGAGAGCAGCCUGGACAUGGUGGGGAAGGCCUUGGAAGAGACAGAACAAAGCCUUCAGGCUCAGAACCAAGAGCUGGAGGAUCUAAAUAAGGAGCUGAGGCAGUGUAACUUGCAGCAGUUCAUCCAGCAGACAGGAGCCAUGGUGACUGCUCCACAGGCCAAAUCAGAGGCAGAACCCCAGCUGGAUCACACUAACCCUGAGCUGCCAGUUCAUCAGAGAAAUGGAGAUCUCUCCGAUUCACCUCCCCGAGCCACAGCCAAGCACUUCCUUGGCCAUCCGCGGAACCUCCAGAACCCCCUGGUGUCCAGCUUGAACCCCGAGGUCAUAUCGACAAAGCAGAGCAUCUGGAGGUAAAAAGGCCAGCCAAGAAGGACUGAUUGCCUUGCGAAUAUAACUAUGUAGGAAAAAAACCUCUGUUUCAUGUAUGUAUUUGAAUUCUUUUUAUGACGAAUGGAUGGGUGUAGAUGGAUGAGCAAAAUAUUUUGCAAGACUUUUUUUUAUAAAAAAGAAGAAAAGAAGGUAUUUAAUCCAUUUGGAGGAAAUAAACCGGUUGUAUUUUUUAAAAUCAAGUUUGUUAUAAUUUAAAAUGAAGAUGCUGUUUGUGGCUUCUCUGAAAAUUUAUAUAGCCUUCCUUAUUUUAAAACUUGAUCACACAUACAAUACCAACUGCCCUGGAGGGGUGUGAAGCCUGCUGGGGAUGAACUGUCCAAAACACACAUUUUCAAGUCCUCUACAUCCAUUCUGAAGGCUAUUCUGCAAGAUUACUGCCGUACAAUGAAGGCCAGAACUCCUCGCUGUACUGUAUCAAUGCACUGUAGUGCUCCUGCAUGCAUGCAUGCGUACAUUGUUGAACAGCAAUUUUUUUUCAUCAUUUUAUGUUUCUGGAAAUAUAUAGUUGGGAUGGGAGAAAUAAACUCUGCUCCAUUUCUGAUGAAAAUAUAAACACAAGAGACAAAUCACUUUAGGAUGGUAUUUAUGGCCACUUUGUCGUUGUUCAUUCAGAAGGCAUUUCAGGGAAGAGCUUUCAGAUCUGGUAAAAUAGAAUUGAGGUGCUAGCACUAUCUUGCCAUUUGUGGAUCAUGCUUAGUGUGAUAUUAUCCAGUUUUGCUUUCAGAUAUUUAAGUUGUUUGCGUCUAAAGAUAGAUGCCUUUUUAUUGGCUUUAAAGUCACGUGAUGGAGUACUGUAUGUUAAGAAGUCUAACUUCUAUGCUGUCUCCCAACCCAGGAUGUGUAAAUGUAGAAUUCAAGGCUGCUUUUGGGCAGCCUUGAACUUGUGUUAGGUGUUUCCUCCUUAUGGAUUGCAUAUUUUGAUUUUUCUCCUUUGCAAAAUAGUUUCAAAAAGUCUUGUCAUUCAUAUUAAACAAAAGGGCCACCCAGUAAAGCCCUUGUGCAACACAGCAUUAUAAAUGAUGCACAUUCAUAUAAUGACUGAUAUUUUGAACAAAGCCCACAUGACACAUCUGCAGAAUCAAGGUUUAGUAAAGGAGGUGGCUUAAGAUGUUAUGCUCCCUUUAGCUUCCCUGUCCUUCUAUUUGUCACUUUGCAGUGUCCUAUGCCAGAGACAUCUUAGCCUAUCUGCUAGGUGUGACAACCCAUUUGGAGAGUUGGGUGAGGGGCAGGAGAUGGAAAGCUACAAUGGGGAGCUACUAAUGUCUUUUUUCCUCCCCUUUCAUAACUGCGAUUUCACUUUAGAAUUCAUUAUACAGUUUCCGUUCAUCUUGCUGCUGAGCAUCUUAUGGUGUCUCUAUGUGGGCAUGAGAACAAGAGGGGGAGAGAGUGAAGUUGAAUGCUCACUUCUCAAUUUAAAAAUUGAUAAUGUGGUUCCCAAAAAAGAUAUAAUAUGGUUCAUCUUUGUUUUCAGGGCUUUUAGUCAGUAAUGUGGCUAUUGUGUCCUGCCAAUUUAAUCAGACCUCAAAAUAAGCUGUGAAGCUGAAUGUGCCAUCUCCCAAUUUGAUGUGAACCUCAGUAUGGGCCUGCAAUAUGCUCUUGCGGGUUACCUAGUGUCUUAUCCAGUUACGCUGUUUUUGAAUAGAAAACUUGAAACAUAUUAAUUUACUUUCAAUACAUGUCAUCCAGUGAUUUUAUGCAGUGGUCAUAGCACCUCUGUUCUGAUGCUGGCUUUUCAACAGCCUAAGGAGAAAACAGCAGAUAUUAGAACUGAGUACCUUUUUGAGUACCUGGAACCCAUACUUAGAAUCCUUAGGUUUGGGGCACAGAACCCCAUGAAAAUGAAAAAGUGUGACUGAAAAUGCUAGGAAUUUCUAGGUCCUCCAGGACAACUUGAUGACCCACUUUUGCUAGAAGGACAUAGAGAUUCCUAGAGAACAUUUUGAUCAACUCCACAAAGAUCAUACAUACAAAUGUGGAAGACCGACUUCAUAUCAUCAGGAAGGUGGGGUUAUGUGGAAAGACAAAACAUUGUUUAUUACAGACGGUAGUAUAAAAAGUAGGUGCUAAGAACCUCUAGGUAGCAUACUAAGAAGCAUUAGGAAGGGCCAAGAAUGUUAAACUACUCCGCUCCUGUAAGGCUAGAAAUUUGAUUCUCUGCUUCAGACAUACAGCCAUUCCACCUUUUAUAACAGAUGCUGCAUGAGUCACCCAAGAGGUAUCCAUAAGUUCAAAAUUAUGAAUUAAAAAUGAUCAUAUUUUCCCUAAGUGCCGUGGCUGCAUCUUUCAGCAAAAGAAAGGAUUCAGCAUUAGUAAAAACUGGCUGAAAAGUUUCCCAACAUAUUUUUCUUUUCUUCUGCUUGUGUGAUGUGUAUUAGGAGAAAGCAUUUUGGAUUUUGGUGCUUAACAUUUAGAAAAAGCGGGUUGCUCAUUUUACCAGAUCUGAAUGAAAGCCUUGGCAUGUUCCAUUACAGAGAACUUGUUUCUAAUGCACUUAAUUCAGGUUUUUUUUACCUCAAACUUAACUUAAAAUCUUGAAAUUGUUUCCAAAUAUUGAGCAAUGGAUUCCACAUUUCUUAUAAUGGUCACAAGAGCCUACCUGUGUCAUGAUUAUUUUCCCCCACUUUAUUUGUCCAUGAAUUUAAACCAAUAGGCCUAAGAUGCCUAUAGUUUUGGUUUUCUUCUAGAGCAAGUUGAGGGCCUGGUUUUAUUGGGGAUCAUUUAAAAAAUAAAACAAGCUACUGGUCACUUCCAGUGUUGAAUAAUGUAAAAAGAAUUUUAUUUCAGGAGGUGGUGCAGUUUAAAGAGAAUCGCUGUUUUCUAGGCCUCUUGAGCUUGCCAGCCUCUAUAUUAGGCUCUGAUGCCAGGGAGGGAUGGGAAUGGAUCCCAAGAUCAAGUAGAAUCCCUAUCGGUUUUGUAAGCUUGAUUCUGUUUAAACAAUGCUUAUUUGACUUAACAUUAAGUGAGGACAAAGCAAACAGCAUUUUCCAACUUUGUGGUGGGAGCUGCUUUUUUAACAGAUACAUUUUACUGGAGUAUGAUAAAGAAUAUGAAAUAAUAUUUACUAAUAGGAUCCCCUCUCCCCCAGACUCUUGAUUUAAAAUGACAUUCCCAUCUCCCUGUAUUUAUGUUAUCCAACGCUGUUGUAUGUUCUCAAUGUGAAGCCAAGGGAAGCAAAUCUAGGUGUGCAAGGAAUGGCUGAGUGGUUGGUUGGGAAACCAGAAUUAGCUCUGGAAGCUCUGGUCUCUCUCUCUUUUUUAAAUGUUCUUUUGUAUAUCAUGGUUAUGAAAUGUGACUUCCCUUGUUUUCCAACUAGGAAAAAGAUUCAUUUUCCACAUAUGAAUGUAUAUAUAGUUUCUGAUUUCAAAUUGUAAUAAAAUUCAUAAAAAUAA